AAUACUCUGUUAUCUAUGGUUUUCAACAAUUUGAAUUUUUGUUGAACAAAGAUACUCUUCGUAGCUGUGUGGAUCUUAUUAUAAAAACGUUUGAUUGAAUUGAAAAAUCAAUUAAGAGUACAAAUAAUGGACGAAGGUGUAUUGGAGAGCGUUCGGGAGGACGAUUAUGUCGAAUAUUAUUUAUUUCCUCAAUGUGGGACAAUUACAGAAUCCGAGCAAGAACUUCUUUUGUCCAGCAUUCUAGAAAAAUGUAAUGAAAUUGUUAAUAACUUAACUAAGGAGCAUUUGUGGCAUAAAGAUAAGUUUACAUUGCUCCCUAGGACUGCAAUUACGAACAAAUUGAUUGGAUUACACGAAAUAAACGGAAAACUUCCACCACAUUUAUAUGGUGUUACCCACUUCGGUGAAAAUAUUGAAGAUGAGUGGCUAAUUGUUUACUUAAUUAUUGAAUUAACUAAGAAAAUUCCUGAGAUGGUAGCUAAAAUUUGUGAUGCAGAUGGUGAAUUCCUAUUGAUAGAAGCAGCAGAAUCACUACCAUCAUGGAUUAAACCUGAGACAUCAGAAAACAGAGUUUAUCUAUUUGGGGGAAAAGUGCAUAUUGUUGAACCAGAUUCUUCAGAGGAAAUUAAAGAUAUCGAUGUUGGUGAAGCCAUAGAGAUGAUUAAAAAUAACUCCAAACUAACUGAAGCCAAUAAUGACAUUCAACAAGCAAUACUGAGUAGGAUUAGUGGAUAUCCUGAAAAAAUCAAAGAGAACCUUCACACUGCCAGGGCUUAUAUACCAGUAGGUGUGGCUGCUAUUCUAAAACAUAAGCCAAAUCUAAUUUCAGGUGUUGUUCAUGCCUUCUGUAAUAGGGAUCCUGUAGAUAUAAAAGCUUGCCGUGCCAUGAAAUAUUUCCCUCCAGAAAAUCGUGUUUAUGCAAAUGUCACAUUUCCAAAAUGUUUAUAUGCGAUGAUCAAUCAUUCCAAAUUUCAUCCAGAUAAAAGAACUGGGUGGAACUUACCCAAUUCAAAUAGUUCAGAAUUUAAGAGUCAUAGUUUAGGAGUGAAAAUUGCUUGUGGUUUCGAAAUUUUGGUAUCUCAAGCUAAGCCAACUCAAGACUUGGAAACUGACAAGUCGUGGCACAAAUAUUUGAGUUCUCUCAAAGAAAGAAAUUAUUUCAAUGGAAAUUUGGAACAUUCCCAUGAAUAUACGAAUUUGCUGAAUAAAGCCAAGGAAUAUUAUGCUAAUUACCGGGAUAGCAUGUAUUACUCUCCAGCCAUUGGUCAGGAAAUAUUGGAUUUGAUGAGAAAUUUGGAGUACAACUUGACGGAUUUCAAAAAUAUGGAAAGGGACCUUCCGGAGGAGGACGAUGAUUCUUGGUUGAAUGUCAGCCCGGAAGAAUUGGAUAAGUAUUUGCAAGAAAGGUAUGGACAAAAGAAAUUCUAUAAUUUCAAUAGCAACACUGAUCCCACGGAUUUCACCCAAAAAAUUUCAACAUUUUUGAACCAUGUUUCCGAUAUCGACGGUGCAGAAUUUCCACACAUUCAGUCUCCAGUUAGGCCUCCCAGAGGCAAAAAAUCUAAGAAUACGGUGGCUUUCACCGAAAAUCUCGAAAGGAAAGAGACAAACGACAAUAUCAACUCCAACAAAAAAGAAACCGAAAGCAACAAGAUAAAUUUUGAUCCCGACGCUUUCACUUGUGCUGUUCAGAACAUCCUCAAUUUUGUCAUUCCAGAGGACGAUAGUUGGAAUUUGGAAUCUGAAUCUGAUAUGAGCGAUUACGAAGACGAUAAUUUUGUCAAAGAAGACUCCAGUAAAAAAAAUGAAAUGCAGCAGUACAUGGAUGAAAUGGAUAGACAACUGGCGGCGACUUCUAUCGGGGAGAGUUUUGUGAAGAAGGAAGAUAACUUUGAGGACAUAGAAAAUUUCACCCCGGUAGAUAUAGAGAGAAACGCUCUGAAGAAUAUUUUGGAGAGUUACAAGUCGCAGUUGGGAGAUGCUGGACCGUCUAGUAAUAUGUUGGGGCCCAUGGGGUACGACCUGGACAAUUUGAAUGAAUAAGUAUUGAAAUAACACGCAAUUAUAACAGUUUUAUUCUUAGGUCUGAUUGAUCUUGAUAAUCGAUGUCUCAUUUUAAUUUAUUGAAAAUAAGUUUCAUUGCAAGAAAUGAAUUCCGGUUUCUCACUGUAUUUUGACUGUCUUUUGGAUGAAAUAUUUAUCUUACACUUA